CGAAUAACUUUAAAACCAAGCAUCUAAUCUCUUCCCUUCUCUUUCUUUCGAUAUAAAUAUAUUUUGUUUUCUCACCAUUUUCCUCUUCUUCCCUGCCACUUUUCUUUCCUUUUACCUUUUCGGAAAACUCAACGACGUUGGAGUAUGAGCGAAGAAGAGUGGGUCAAAGAAGCUUUGACCGAUUCCAUGUUGGCGGCAAAGGUGUUACUCAGCCUCUACCAAGCGUCGUCUCCGCCGCCACGGUCAGACAGUGCUUCCUCCCAGGCUUUGCAAGUCGAGUGGAGUGUCCGUCAACGUCGGUCUAAGCAAUCUCUUAAGAAGAAAAGCGAACCGGCACGAGCCAGUCCCACCACGCCGCUUUCUUGGAGUGGUGGCAUUUCUGUUAGUGGAGGCGGUAGUGCUGACGGAUCCGAGGAGUCUAGCCGUCCUCCUUUGAAGCCGGUUGAUAACGCUAGAUCUAAGGUUGCGGCCACAAGCGAGAUAUCUCCUCCCAAGCGGUCUAGAAGAAAAAAGACAUUAGCUGAGCUUAAAGAGGAGAUAAGUUCACACUUGAAGGAAAAUAGAAGUUUGAAGAAUGAAUUGGAAAUUGUGAAGCUUAAGUUCGAGAAUAUUAAAACCAAAAAUGAAACUUUAAGCAGAAAGCUCCAAUUCGAGAAAGAAAGAACCAAGAAUGAAAGCUCUAAGAGAAUGAAGCUUGAUUCACAUCGGGCAACAGAAACAUCAACUGCUUGUAUUGAACCAAAGAUUAAUGCAACCUCAGAGCCACCACAGCAAAGAGAAGUAGCCAGUCAGACAAGUGCAGCGUGCAACGAAAACAAACGGCAUCCACCUAACGAAUGUUCCGAAGGACAGGACAUGACGAAGGCAAGUUGCGAUGAUGCUUCAUUUGCACUGCCGGAUCUCAAUCUUCCGAUCGAGGAUGAUUCAGGUUUAUGAAGGAUGUUAAUGGAAUUAGGUGAGAGAAGAUGAUUGUCUGUCAACUAUUCUUUUUCCCCCCAAAAUUGAAGUGGCAGCUAAAAAAGCAUUAACACGGUAAUAGUCCCCUAACGGCAUCGCCAUAUGUUGCAAGUAGUAAAAGUUGAAUUAAUUCCUUGGUGUAGAAAAAUAGAGUAAAAAUUCUUUCUUUUUUUUGUGUUUCCAGGUUUCAACCUUUUGUCUUAAAUUCUUGGGGCUAACCCCUGAGGAAAUGUUUUAACUGAUAAUUAAUUAUGAUCAUAUGAUUAAGUAUUUGGCAAAGUAGUCAUUAUAUAUAAGCAAAUGUACUUCUCGUGAA